GCCGCCCACCGUGACGUCAGUCGAGUUUGGAUCGUCAUGAGCGCAGGUCGCUUCAAAUCUCUCUCUCCUUUAUAGUACACAUUUCUAAUAUUUACUCCACCAUCAAACGAAUCUAUAUACGAAACAGAUUAUUCACCUUUGAAUCAAUCGUGGAUUACUACACAUUUCUCCGCACCAUUUUGAAAUUCAAUCGAACUUCAAAAAUAGACAAUUUUCACCCAUCUCGUGAUUUCUUUUGGUGAUUGCUCACGAAAAAUGCUCGUCUAUCCUCACAGCCCAUCAGAUUCGAUGGCUCAGUUGGUGCCUUGCAGCUCCACUUUCCCGCAGCCUCUGAUGCAGCAGCCGCUCAAUUCCGGUGCCGCCAUCAACCAUCAGGCAACGGUGACCACAACAUUGGCGGAUUUUAACACUCACCAGAUCCAUCAACAACAAAAUUCCACUUCGUUCCUGGAAGUGCCUUACGCUACGGCCGGCGGUCAGACGGUGCCUUCGUCGCCGACAUUCUCGACGUGGAAUUACUCGCCUCCGUCGUACUGGUCGGAUAAUAAUUACAACCGGUCGCCGCCUCUGGUCAUCAAGAGCGAGCCGGUCGGAUGCCACCAGGUGGACGAAACGGUGGCCGAUUCGUCGCUGGAGGAAUUGCUCGACGACUACACGUUCGAUUACUACAGCAGCGACAUCCAGGAGAGUCUGGAGACGGCCAGCAGCGCCAUCAGCCAUCAGCAGCACAUCAGUAAGCCCAUCAUCAUCAAGCAGGAAGAGGCCAGCAGCCAAGGUCACGCCCUGUUGCGCCAGUGCCUCCGCCCGGCCGCCGACGAUUACCAGCAGCGCUGCCAUUUGCAAUUCCUCAAUCAGAUCGGAUCGGCCAUCGCAGCUCUUCCGCAACAACAACAACAACAACAGGAGAUGUUGAGCAUCAAAACGGAGAAAUCUUCUCCGGCCAGCGGCAACGGCAACAGUGGCGGCGGCUAUUGGCCCAACGGCAAUCCCAACACGGCCCAGGGAUUGGCUUCUGUUCUCAGUCUGGUCAUGGAACAGGUCAACGAGGAAGUCCGUUCCACCUGCGAGAUCCUCGGCGUUUCUCCCAAUCCGAGCCAGUGGUCGGUGGAUGAUGUCAGAGCUUGGCUGUUGUGGACGUCUAGACAGUGCGCCUUGGGCCCUUUCCCGCUGGAACGAUUCCACAUGGAAGGAGCCGUGCUGGUGGCAUUGACGGAAGAAGAAUUCCGUUCCAGAGCGCCACAAGGUGGAGACACUCUCUACGCCAAAUUGGACAUUUGGCGCUCGGCUUGGAACCAGCGAUCGGCGGCGGCGGCUGCGGCGGCCAAAGCGGCCGCCACCCCAUCGACCCCCAUGGGCGUGCCAACAAUCCAGGUGGACGAACCCUGUGCGGAUAUGAGCGACCUGCUGGCGUGCUGGAUCAACACCACGCAGGAUCUCCAACAACCGCAACAAUGCUCUUCCGGCAACAACAACAUGCUCUCGGUCGGACAGCACCUGCUGGCCGUUCCCAGUCCAGCAUCAACCUCAUCCCAACGCGGAGCCCUUUCUCCCUAUUCGGAUCACACGCAUUCCGGCUCGGAAGACAUGGCCUCUGAAAUGGAGGAAAUUGAAGACGAGGAAGACGACGAGGAGCGGGCAGGAUCAUCGGCUUCGUGCCGGACGGGACAAGCCACUGCGCCAGCGCCAUCUCCCAACGGUUCGCACAUUCACCUGUGGCAGUUUCUGAAAGAAUUGCUGUCGCAGCCGACCGUUCACGGCUCGGCCAUUCGCUGGCUGGACCGACAGAGGGGCGUGUUCAAAAUCGAGGACAGCGUUCGGGUUGCCAAAUUGUGGGGCAAGCGUAAAAACCGGCCGGCCAUGAACUACGACAAGCUCAGCCGCUCCAUCCGCCAAUACUAUCGUAAAGGCAUCAUGAAAAAGACGGAGCGGUCGCAGAGACUCGUCUACCAGUUCUGCCAGCCUUACGCUCUCUAAAAAAACAAAAAUUCACGCACGAUAAAACCAAGACGAGAGAGAGAAAACAACCAGGGUUCCAUUUUUACGUGUAGUUUUUAAUUAGAUUUUUUGUACCGCUCUUUAACUCGUUUGACAGUUAAAGAUUACCAGCGGUUUACAAAAUUUUUAAGUUCGUUUCUUGAUUUUAUUUUUUCAAAGAUCUGGUUGUCGUCUGCUCGUCUGGUUUCUCUUUUUCCCUUAAAAAGAGAAGAAAUUGUGUUGCGCUCUUAAAAUUUUGCAAAACAAAAUAUGCCCUCAAUUGUUAUUUUGAACCCGUUCGUUUGUCCAGAUGGAAGGUAAUUUCCAUCUCUUGUUUGAAACAACUUCCUCGUUUUUGUCCCGCGUCGUCGUCGCCGAAUUCCCUUUUUCUGUCUCGUCUGUGUGUCGUGUUUCCAGAUUUUUUUUUUUUAAAUUGUUGCCCGGUUACUGACCGUUUCGUUACCCCCCAAUUCUAUUUUGAACGACAUCCAUUCGUUAUUAUCUCGUGACUAUAGGCCAAUUUCUUCCGCACGUUUUCCCCCCUUUUUGUAGCGCCGGUGUUUACUUCCAUCGGCAGCUCGGGGGAGGUGAAUCUGAUUGGUCGAUUUGCGCAAGUUUGUCACGGGAGAGAAUCGAUUGUCGUUUGCUUAGAUGUCCGGGGGUCAUCGACUGUUUCAGAAUGGGCGAUUUUUCUGUGUCCCAUAUAUCUAUGAUAUAUUGCGUUCGGUAAGUUCCAUGAACAACCGCAUUCACUUGUGUUAUAACCCCGACAAAGUUGUCCCGCAUUAUCUCCCAAGUGUCUUAUUAUAUUCACAUAUUUUUCUGGUUUUUAUUAUCCACAACAAUUUCGAAAAUAUCUUUAUAUUUUUCUCCUCCCCCGUCGUCAUAUUAUAUCUCGUGUGUCAAGAUUGCAGUUAGCAGUCUUAACCAAAUAAUUUUUUUUUAUUUUAAAUCCAUCACGAUGUGUCUUUUUUAAACAAACAAAAGAAAAUAAUAAGUGUUGUAAUAUCUCUCCUUUAUUAUACCUCUGGACGAUUUAAUCCGCUCACAGUGCGAGUCAGGAUUUUAUCUUUAUCAAUUGUUAUAAUUUUUUAAAAUUUCGUUGCCGUACGUGUGGCGAUUGGAAUCAUCGGGGAGUGGAGCUGGAAACUUUAUUUCGCCGUUUUGUUUCAUUUGUGUUUUGAAUUUUUUUGAAAAUGUGGUGAUGGUGUGCCUUUUUUUUUGUUUUCCAAACUAUUUGGCCUUAACUUUUAUUAUGUUCUUGGAAGAAAAAAUAUGCGAAUCUUUUUUUGUAUCGUGGAUGAGAAAAUAUCACGCAAUAAAACAGAUGAUAUAAGUAUAA